AUGUCGCGUCCCACCCCUGCCACCCGUCGCUCAGCCAAGAGCGAAUACAUUGAGACGGAUACGGGCAACAAGAUCUCUCGACGCUCAAUCAUCGAGGGGAAGCAGAACAUCAUGCUUGGUGGCAAAUCCGUCGUAAUGGCUGGAGCAAUGCUCAGAGGAGAUCUUGUUCGCAAGCCCGAGAAGAUGGCAGACGGUGAGAAGGAAGGUCCAGUAACCGCUAUACAUGUUGGACGCGCGAGCAUCAUCUCGACUAACUGCACCAUCCGCCCACCACAUCGUAUCAGCCGAGGGCGAAUGGUCUUCUAUCCCAUGAGGAUAGGGGACAACGUCUUCAUCGGUCCAGGCACUUACGUCUCGUCAGCGGUCAUCUCAUCCAACGUGCAUAUUGGCACUAACUGCGUGCUCUCAGCAUUCAGCGUAAUUAGGGAUAACUGCAAGAUCCUGCCCAACACUGUCGUGCCAUCUCACAUGACCAUACCGCCCGGGUCGGUCGUAGGCGGCAGGCCUGCGCGAAUUACAGGCGAGGUCGGAGAAGGCUGGGGUCAAGGCGGUGGUGGCGAAGGCGAGGAGUAUGUGGAAGGCGGGGAUCUAAGAGCUCUGGUGCGAAGCAUUAGAUGA